UUCACACUAACCAAGCCAUUUAAUGAGUGUGAGACUGUGAAACCUGAUGAGGUAUCACUAGUCAAAGCAGAAAAAGUUCUCUGCUCUUCUGAAGACCAGCAAUGGACCCAUCAGGCACUCUUACUAAAGUCAUCAACCGAACACUCUGGUAAGGCCUUGACAAAAGACAAUGAAUUUGUCAGUGUUUCGGGAAAACUUGCAGUUGUGAAGGAUGAUGAUGCUGACAUUUCAGAUCGUUUUAAUAAAUCUGUUACUGUGUCUUCUAUACCCGAGGAGCUGGACUCUGGUUUAGAUGACCUAUCUGUAAAAUCUCAGGACACCACAGUUAUGGAGACACUUUCAAAUGAUUUCAGUAUGGACAAUAUUAGUGAUAGUGGUGCAUCAAAUGAAACUAUUAAUACCUUACAUGAACAUUCUCUUGGUGACUUCUCACAGCCACAAACCCCUUUACAUGAGAAUGAUUACCCAGGAGAGGGAGUGUCCAAAUCAUUUAGUGAUCAAGGCUUUUAUUCACCAUCUUCUAUGCUGCAUGACUCUAUUGUUUCUGAGGAUCCAAUAGAAUAUCAGGCUGGUAUGUUGGUACAAAAUGUAAUUCAACAAGCUCUUGCUGAAAAAGCUGGGAUAAGAGACUACAGUAUACAAGAGCAUCCAGCAGUGCCCAACAAUGAAAGGAGGGAGGACUUCAAUGAACAGAAGGACAUAGCAGGAGAUGAUCCAAGGCCAUUAACUCCACAGAGUCAAGAUGAGACCGUAUUUGAGCCACCUCAAGUUUCUUCACCAGUGCAAGAAACAAGAGGUACUGCAGUGACGGCAAAGGCUUCAGAGCAAGAGCCUCAAACUAGACAACACAGAGUCCCAGAACCUUUGUCUAUACCUCCAGUAACUGAUGAAGAUCCCAUUGAAGAAAUUAGGCAGGAGAGUUACUUUAGCAAGUAUUCCCAAGCUGCUGAACUUAGAAGCACUGCAUCCAUUUUGGCAACACAAGAACCUGAGGUAACAGUUGGCCCUUUCAAACUUAGAUCAAAGAAGCAGAGAACACUGUCAAUGAUUGAAGAGGAGAUCAGAGCUGCACAGGAGAGGGAGCAGGAGUUGAAGAAGCAGAGACAAAGGCAAAGCUUGGAAAGUCCAACAAGUCCAUUAAGUAAGAAUGUACCUGUAAUGCCAACAAGAACAGCCUUCUACAGAACAGCCCCAGGCAAAAUUGAGAAAGUAAGAACUUCAUCUACUUCAUCUACAUCAAAAGCGGAAUGUUCCCCCACACAAUCUGAAGUUCUGCUAGAAGAUGCCACUGCCUCCCAGCGUCCUAAAAACCUCAUGCAAACACUUAUGGAUGAUUUUGAGACUCACAAAAGCAAGAGGCGUGAACGAAUGGAUGACUCUACUUACACCAGUAAAUUACUGUCUUACAGAGUUACUACUGAGGUUCUUGAAGCAGUAAGGGUGGGCCGUAGAAAAAGUGCCCAGGCAUUGCGGUGGGAAGCCGGGAUAUAUGCUAAUCGUGAAGAAGACGAAUAA